CACAGAGGGAAGUCUGGCUAGAUAUAACAGCGUGUUAUGAGAAAAUAACAACACUUGCUGCCUUGUAUAUGACAGACACAGAGGGUUGAAUACAAAGAUGCUGAGAAUUCAGUGUGUGGUCCUGGUCCUAGUCUGUUACUUUCAAGGUUCCUUUUCCCAGCUCAGUGUGUGCGGUCAUGCACCAUUCAACAUACGUGUUGCGGGUGAAGAGAAUGCUUUAGAAGGGGAGUGGCCAUGGCAGGUUAGUCUACAGAGGCCUGGUAAACAAGGUGGCCACUUCUGUGGAGGAUCCCUCAUCAACAAAGACUGGGUCCUGACCACAGCUCAAUGUUUAUCCAGUGAAAAAAAUUCUAAGGUGAAAGUGUAUUUGGGGAUACAGAAUUUGAAUGGCUUCAACCCCAAUCAGAUUUCCCGACGCGUUAAAAAUGUGGUCCUUCACCCUAACUACAACAGCACAACCAAAAAUAAUGACAUUGCACUUGUGCGUCUGGAUGCUUCUGUCGAAUUUUCAGACUACGUCAGACCAGUGUGCCUGGCUGGACAAGGCAGCACUUUUCCUGCUGGCAUCAUAGGCUGGAUCACAGGCUGGGGAAACAUUAACACUACAGCGCCUUUGCCUGGAGUGCUGCAGGAGGCAAUGGUGCCCAUUGAUAAUGCAUAUAUUUGUGAUUUACUACUGAAUCCUGGAUCAAUUACUGCAAACAUGAUCUGUGCUGGUUAUCUACAAGGAGGCCCAGUCACCUGCCAGGCGGAUUUUGGAGGUCCGAUGUUGACUAAGCUUGGUGCAGCCUGGAUUCAGGCUGGUAUCACUAGCUGGGGUAGGGACUGUACUCAACGUAACUCACCCCAUGUGUUUACUCUGGUGUCCCAGUUCCAGAUCUGGAUAUCAAGCAUUAUCCAGGAAGACCUUCCUGGAUUUGUCAAGUACUAACACAAUGCAAAGCCUGUUCUUAUGUUCUGUUUUCGUGGAAUGUUCUCAUGGCUGCUCCGUGUUCAGGGACACCACAGUGGAUCAUCUGGUUCACAUGUUUUGAUGUAGCACAAGUUUUAUGCUGGGUGCCCUUCCUCAUGCAACAGUUUCAUAUUAUCCUGGGUUGAGACCAGUGCUGAGAAGUUUAAAUUAAACAAUAACAAUUUUCAUUCUAUAUGAGAUGUUUGUCUUUUUUUACUACACAGCUUUAUAUAUAUUUUUUUACCUGAGAAAUUAAUACCUUCGAUAUAUAGUUGUUAUAUUCAAGCAGUUUUGUAAUAACCAAAUAAAAUUUUUCAAUGUAAAUUA